UUCAGAUUUUGAUGAUUUUCUUUUGAUCUUUUAAAAUUUCAGGCAUUUAUAUAUAACCUUCUACUUGAUAUUUUUUGUUUAAGACCUUAAUCUGGAGUUAUUAUGGCUUCCCGUAAAGUUGUUAAUACGAGUGUUAGAGAUUUAAUCAGCAGUUUACCCGAUGAAGUUCUUGGAAACAUCUUGUCGUUGGUUCCGACAAAACUUGCUGCUUCCACGUCGGUUCUGUCCAAAAGAUGGAAACAUUCGCUUUCUCUGGUAAACAUUCUUGAUUUCGAUGACUCAAUGCUUCUCUAUCCCAACAAAGUAACUGAUCUUCCUCGUAGCUGCUUCUUUGAUUUCGUCGACAAUACUCUUGCUCUCUUAGUGAAUUCCCAAGUCAAGAAAUUCACUCUAAAAUGUCGAUACAACCUAGACACAUCUCGUGUCGACCGUUGGAUUCACACUGUUUUAGAGCGAGGCUUCUUGGAACUACACUUGACAUCAGAUGAAGAUCACUGUAUAGAUUCUGAGUUCUUCACCAGCAACACACUGGUUAAGCUCACUCUUUCUCAUGGAUUCUAUCUUGAAGAAGGAGGUUGUCUUCCUAAUGGCUCUGUGUUUUUCCCAGCUCUCAAAACACUUACUCUCAUUGCAACUGGUUAUGGAGCUGAUUACAUGUUUGACUCGCUCAUCUCUGGUUGUCCUGUUCUUGAGGAACUAUUCUUACGUUAUGGUGAUGGACCCCACGGAAGUGACUGGAUAAUGGUUGUGUCGAGUCAAUCUAUCAAACGGCUGACCAUUUCUAGCGGUUAUUCUAAAGAGAAACUGGAUGAUUAUACCAGCGUUUUGUUUGAGACACCGAGCCUUUUGUUCCUUGACUAUUCUGGUUAUGUCCAGGAACAUUAUACUGUUGAUUUUAGUUCGCUUCUUGAAGCUAGACUGGAUCUUCGAUUAUGGGAAUCACCUAUAGAAUUUAAUUUUGAUUAUGAGAAUGAUGUUUAUGAUGAUGGUUUUGGUGAUGUUACCAUACUUGUUGCGGGGUUAAGCAAUGUCAAGACUCUUCACUUGUCUCCUCAUUCUCUUGAGGUGCUUUAUUCAUGUUGUAGUUCCAUUCCCCUAUUCAGCAACCUCACUGAUUUAUCAUUUGAGAGCGACGAGAAACAAGGCUGGCAAGUUCUGCCACUCUUAUUGAAGAAUUCUCCGAUUCUGGAAACUUUAGUCAUUAAGGGUCUUGCGCACAAGGUGACAGAUAAAUGUGGGGACGUGUGUGCUUGCAUCCUUCAGAAGAAGGAAGUAGGAGAAUGUUGUUUAUGGAGAUGCCAAGUGAAGGUGCUAGAAAUUACAGGGUAUGGAGGAAGUAGUAAAGAACUGAAACAAAUGGGGCAUUUUUUGGAGAAACUUAAACGUCUUGAAAUUGUUAAAGUUGGUGUUCAACAAGAGAACAACAAUCACGGUGAGUAUUUGAGAGUCACCAACGGUCUAAUGAAGCUUCCCAGAAUUUCAUCCAAAUGCUAAAUCCAAUUUUAUGUAGCUCACCUUUGACUUUAUGCAAUCAAUUCAA